UCGGUGCGCUCGUGCUAUUUUGAAAGUGUAUUUCCUCGCGUACGUUUUUCCGCCCGGUGGAAAACAGUGAAUUCGGCCGCCGGGAAAAACGGGUGCGUAACGGCGUCAGGUGUAAAGUGAUCGACGAAUUUCGAACAAGUGUUGCUGCAAAGUGUGUGCGGUUUUUUUGGGGGGGAAUGGUUCGAAGGGCGCACAGUGCGUGUUGCGUCGUUGGUGUAGGGGUACGCUAGAGUGUGCCAGUGUGUUUGUGUUUAGUGUCAGUGUCAAUCACGCACGGUGACGAAAUCGUGCAUCGAGUGUUGUGUUGGUUUUUGCGGGGCGAUGUUCUAAGCCCCUGUCAAAUGACGUCGGUGCGAUGAAAUAAAAAUACGGCAAGAAUACAUCAUUGAUCCCGGUGAUUGCGGCUGUGUUGGAGAGUGCGUGUGUUGAGUGUGUGUGUGUGCGUAAGUUUCAACGUGUGUUUGUGUUUCGUGCGGUACACAAACAUAGAAACAACGGUGUAGAACGACAAGUGGAACCAAAAAAAAAAAAACGAAAAAAGCAGCAGAGAAACAACACACCCGCAUAAACAACGUUCAUCGGCUUUAAAGGCAACACUCGAACGCAACUGCGGAUGGAGACGGUUUGUGUCAAAACGUUCGUUUCGGGACGUUCGCCAUAAAUAAUUCCGGCAGCAGACCAGGGAAGGACAAUUGGCGCAACGGUCGCCAAGAAAUUUGGUAGGGAGUCAGUUAAUAAAAAAAAACAAAGAAAAACAAGACGAUUGAACACCGAAGACAACAGCAAAAAGAAAGACAAGUGAUGAUUGGCUCUUAAUGGACUAAGAGAGGACGAACAAACAUUAACAGCGGGGCAUCGAUACCUUCACCCGUAUUGACGCGCGAUCUGCCCCCGAGCUAAGCUAUUUCUUUUGCCAUCUGUAGACACCAGCUACAUUUUGUCGAAGCGAGCUCCGAGGAUAUAAAGCGAAAAACAAGUUGAUAUGCUCUAAAAACGGUUGAGACUUUCAUAAAAAAAAACAAACAAUGUGUUCCGCAAACGAUCGACUCAGCGAGGCUACUCAACCACCAUCACGUUUAACCGCCUGCACCAUGCAAACGGAAGAAAGCAAACGUCACCUAAUACACCGACAUCCCGUAAGCAAUCGGAGAACCUGCAGUAUAGAGACGCACCUGCCGACGCACUGUUGGUGCAGUAGUGCUGGCCGACGGAUAUCGUACGGCGUGGUAGUGCUGUGUCUAGCACUGACCGUUUGCUUCCUUCCCACGGUGUCCGGUUCACCGCAGUCUUCACACUCUCAUCAUUCACAUCACCCGCAAGGCCAUCACGAUCAGGCGGCCGGUCACGGUGGUUCCAGUGGCACCAGCUCCCAUCACACUGGCAGUGGAUCAGCUUCAUCCUCGCAUCAGUACGGUGGCCCAUCGGCGAGAUCCAGCGGAGGAAGCUCGACCAGCAGUGGUCUCGGUGUGUACAUCAUACGUGCACCGGAAUCGACGAUCGCACCGGCGGACGAUGAGGUGCUGUUCGAGUGUGAGUUGAACCUGGUGCCGGAGCAGCUUGACUGGCGGUUUAGGGCACAGGGAACCACGGGACAGCGGAAAGACUACGUACUAAUCCAGAACAGUCAUCAUGGAUACAACGCAAGCAUCGUUGACGGUCGGUACAAGCUGCGCGUGUCUGUCAGCGAAGCCACGAUCGGAGAGUACCAGUGUGUGGCAUGGUUUGGAGCGUCGGCGAUUGCAUCAAUACCGGCCCGCUUGACGCUGGCCUCGAUCGGGCUCGAAGCGGAAACCGUUCCCGGCCGGCACGAUCGUGUGCCUACGACGAUGCGCCGCAUACAGCCACAGCAGCAUUUCAAGGUAUUUCCCGGCAACAGUAUUAUUAUCGACUGUGGUGAUAUCGUUUCCAAACCUCCUCCAAUCUGGAGCUACUACAAAGACGGCAUGACGAUCUAUCCGAAUGUGACACAACAGCAAACCGGUCGACGGCUCAUAUUGGCUUCGCUAACGCAGCGUGAUACCGGCACGUACUGGUGCUCGGCGGUCAACUCCAUCACCGGUAGCGAGGUCAUUCUGCCUCAGCGCACCACCGUCACGGUGGAGUACGUACCACGAUCGGCUCCACAUGCCUUCACGCUGCCCCAGAACGUUUCGGUGCUGCCGGGCGAUACCGCACUGCUCGAAUGUCCCGGCGUGGGCAAUCCGGUGCCCAUACCCGCGUGGACGAGAGCCAACGGUAUUCCGUUGAAUGGUCGCGCCCGCAUCCAAGACUACGGACUGCAGCUGUCCAACGUGCACCCGGAAGACGAGGGCCAGUAUAUGUGCCGGCUGCAGAACGGUAUCGAUCCUCCACUGUUGCAUUCCGUGUGGUUAACCGUGCUAGCAGCACCGCGCAUCGUUUCCCCGCCACGAUCCACGCUCACCAACGAGAGUGACAGCUUGGAGCUGGAGUGCAUCGCACGCGGAUCACCCCAUCCCGAUAUCUACUGGAUGAUAAACGGUGACUACGCCAAAUGGGACAAUCUGAUCCGCACGAAUGGGACGCGGCUCGUCAUCCAAUCGGUCGAAAAACGGCACGCCGGUAUCGUGCAGUGCUUUGCCCGUAAUACCGUCGGCGAAGCGAGCGAAGGCAAUCUGUUGCAGGUCAUCCCGAAACAGAUACUCGGAAGCGUUGGUACGACACCGCUCGGUUCCGUACCGUCCAGCCCGAAGGCGGGCGGUGAUCAUUCGACCAAGCGCAAGGGUGGCAAGAAACACAAAAACCUGGUCAUGAUACCUCCGUCGCGUCCAAACAUCACCCGACUGACCGAUGAAUCGGUAAUGGUGCGCUGGUCGGUACCGUCCAGCGACGGAUUGCCGAUACAGUUCUUCAAAGUGCAGUACCGCAUGUUGGGCGAUCCCUCGAAAAACAUUGCCCGGACCCAGUGGAUGACGGAGAACGAAGACAUCGCACCGUACACACGCUCGUACGAGGUGAACGAUCUUAAGUCGGACCAUCUCUACCGGUUCCGGAUACUUGCAGUGUACUCGAACAACGACAACAAGGAGGGGGCGGCAUCCGGGAAGUUCCAUCUCCAGCGGGGCUCUCAGCUCGGCCUCACCAAAAACCAUCUGCUAGCGCCAACACUCACCCGCAUCGAGCCCGUCUCUCAGCAUGCGGUCGUGCUGCAGUGGCAAUUCCCGCAACAUCUGCCACAUCCGAUCGAUGGGUUCUACGCGUACUAUCGGCCCGCCACUACAGCCGGCGAGUAUUCGAAGGCCACGGUGGACGGUAGCACCACGCGCCACUUCAAGAUCGAUCACCUAGAGCCGGGAACGGCCUAUGAAUUUAAGCUACAAUCCUUUACCGCUUCGGCGGCAUCCGAUUUUAGUGCGAUUUUGACGGGCAGAACGCUGAAACCACCGACUCCACCACCGACCGUACCGACGGUGAUCGCGGCCGCUGAAGGUCCCGACGGCAGCCAAGUUGUGCCGGUCAACUACCUGCUCGUGAUCGGCUGCGUGCUGAUCGUGAGUGUGCUGAUCGUGCUGUUUCUUUGCUGUUGCUUCAGUCGUCGCAAAAAGCGAGGUCAUGGUGCUGAUGAAACAGAGGCCAAAGUACACAUCCCGGUCGAUCAGAACGGCUUUACCGGUGCUGUCAGCAAUGGUGGUCCACGGGUAGCACAUUACAAGACGCGAACGAAUGGCAUGAACGGACGGAUGAACAUCACACCCAACCCGUUGGCACAGGAUGGCGACAAGAAUCGCACCGUGAUGGAGCUGCGCUUCCUGCCCAACACGCUGGUAGAGGGUGACCAGCAGCAGCAGCAGCAGCAGCAGCGCCCGGUUACCAAUCCGAUCGAGGGUGGAUGGAGACGAAAGAAACGCAACGCGACUGUGGUGGACGUGCCGAAGAACGAAACCGGUGAUGGAGGCGAUGGUAGCGAUGAAGGCGACGUUACGAACCCGACCCCAACGACAAACUCCAGAGAACUGCCUGCCACUAAUAACAAUCAUCAAUCGAUUCCCAACCAACAGCAGCAACAUCAUCUUCAGCAGCAGCAACAACAGCAGCAGCAGCAGCCCCACAUUGGCGGUGGACUUCCACCGCUACAUCAUCCAAGUGCCGCCACGGUGGCAAUGAACAGCUGUGGUAUUCCACAGCAGCAGCAGCAGCAACAACAACAGGAGCAGAUGAUGCUUGCCUCCAUGCCUCAUCGCCGUACGCUGGAACGGACUGCGGUGAGACCGAUUCCAAACGGAGCCACCAUUGCGUACGGUAUUGAUCCGAAGCUCAUGCUCGAUGGUCAGACGGUGCCCGACUGUAGGCAGUCCUCCAUCAGGCGUACACGGCGCGGUUCGGGUUCCGUGCCCGGCAGUCCACGGAUAGGCCGUGGACCGAGCAGCGAGUUCCUUCAGCAGCAGCAACAGCAGCCGGGCGUAACGGUGGCACGCUCACCGAUGCCGUUGCGGGCAGCCGGCAUGAAACGAUCAGCUGCCGCUGCCACCCGGCUCGGACGGGCCGAGAACAUGUCGUCGGGAAGUUUGAACAGUAUUGAGGUAUGAGAAUGACCGUACAGCGCCGCACCGGACGGCGCCACCACCACCACCACCCUUUCCCGCACCUCGUCCCGCAAACGUCGUCGGCGCGCCUUCAAGCUGAUGUACCUGGUGCGUCGGCAACGGAAGCGUGGUGCCGGGCUGCUCGAUGGGCGCAGUAGCAUGCCGCGGCAGGACAGUGAGCAUCACUGUCACAAGCAGGCGUUCUACGAGCGGGCGAACGGAUACCGGCUAAUAUCCUGAGUAUCGCCCAUCGAGCUGCUGCUCUCCGUACUACACGAUCUUGUGGUGAGCGUUUAGUUAGUUAGCUGCGUAUAAAAUGGGUUUCCGUUUCCGUCAUGCUUUUCGCACUUCAUCAUCCGUCCAUU